CGGGAAUAACACCAUCGUCAUGCAAGCGCUUCCUUACCCUUAACCCGACACCAGCGCGUAUGUGUCUAGCCAAGACAGGUCGUGCUGAUUCGUGUUCGGUCGUUCUGAAAUUAACGGAUUUUCCCAAUUCCACCAGAAAAUGGUGAGCAGCAGUUCUUCAUGUCACGCUUGAAGUACCCGGGCACCCAAGUCCUUGUCUUUUAUGUGUUGGUGUCCUGUGAGUUCACCGUUUCCUCGCGGCCUUCCAGGCUCGCUUGAUCGAAAAGCCGCCCCCGAAAGCUCAGCAAAAUGCGGGAAAUCCAGCGCAGAAUGGACCCGCAAGAUGUGUGUGUGAAGCAUGUGUUUUACGCAUAAAAGCCUAAAGUGCUCAAAAGCAAAAGAGCCUGCUUGGGUCCACGUUGUUUCCCGCGAUUCACUGUGCAUGCUCGCAAGCUCUUUGCAACUCCACCGACCCUGGGCGUGUUUUCUCUCCCACAAGACAACCCCCAACGCUUUUUAGAAGAAGUGACAGCCCCGAGAAUCCGUUGCGUUUCACAAAAUCUCGUGGAUCCGCGGAAAUCGCUGGAUCCCCUGUUCUCCGUUUCACGACACCGCGACACUCCGGAGGCUCUAUCGAAAGGAGUUCCGAAAAGUCCCGGUCGUGCCUUCAUCCUCUUGUAGAAAGUUGUGCCAGUCCUCCUUGUCUUUGAAUCCUGGCUUGGACUGUCGAAGCCGCCGCAAAAUAUUUCUGAACUCGGGAGUGUGUCUACAUGUCCUGGUGAAGCUGAAGACAGCUUAAGUUCCGUUCUCCAACGUCGCACGACACUGCGGCUCUUUCAGUGGACUGGUCGCAGUCUCGCAAAGCAAGCGGCCGUUUGCUGUGACGCGUUUUUCCUUGACGAUGGAUCGUCUACUCGCUCCGAGCUGAAAGACUCCACUCACGCCGUGCUUCAGAAAGUUGUCCAAAUCUGCUCCAGCCAUGGCUUCUUCGUCUCAGAGAAUCGCCGCUCGCCCUGCGCCUGCCUUCUGGACUUUCCAACAGAGCGACGGCCAUGAAAACGUCUUUUUUCCAGGACAUGUUUUGCCGAAUUCAGGAACAUGCACUGCCUUUAGACCGACGCCAGGUGUCCACGGCGUUCUCGUGGACGCUGGCGCGUCUGCUUCUGGAAACCCGUACGUGGCUUCCUUCGCCUCGUUUCUCCCUAAGGAGACAGUGCUGUCUGCGGCUGCUCAUCAGACAAAGGACUGCUCUCCCGAUAUGCCUUUCUCGUCUGCAGGUGGGGGCGGUGUCGUGGUCGGUAAACAGCUGGCCGCUUCUUCGCCGCAUGCACCCAUCGUCAACAAAUCCUUCGCCUCCGUGUCGCCACAGCCUUUCUAUCCACCGCCUGUCUCUUCUCCCGGCGCGCAGCUCAACUGUACAGAUUCCCUUCAAACUGGGUGCUGCCUGCUACGUCCGCUACCGGCGACCAGCCAGUCGUCUGUGAGUUCAUUCCGCCAGCCUUUCUCCCCAGCGCAGCCGCAUGUUUCCUCGCCCUCUUUCCCCAGAGGGAGUCUUGUCCAGGAUUCACAGGUCCCCACGAUCUGUGACCUCAGACCGUGUACAGACACUCCAAAGUUUCCGCGAUCCUCGCACCCGCCUGCCCCCACGCAGGCGCGUCUCAGCGCUCCGGAAACGCUUUCUGUCUCCGAUCCGCGUCACGGCGUGGAAGGGGGUCCGCGAGCUUCCUGGGAAGCUUCUUUUCUUUCGAGCGAAGGUGGGUUCGCCUUCUCGACUCCUUUCCGUACUCCACAGUCUCUCGGUGGCGACGAGCAUCGGCACUCUUCAUCGUCAGUGCAGGGCAUCCCUAACGCACCCCUCGCAACUGAAGGCCCAGUUGGGAGCGAGAGGCUCUCGGAGACCGGCAACCAAGCUGCUGACACUCUGUUCUUUGUGUCGCCGACGCUGACCACGCCCUCGCUGACCGCCGUGGUCGCGGGACCUUCGGCCGUCGCGUCGCCUGGCGCGCCGCGUCGACUCGGCCAGUUCCCUUCGCCUUCUCCACCAGUCUCUCAAGAGACGUUUUCGGUUCCGAGAAUCGCAGCCGUCUCUCCGCAGCGCCCUCAAAGUCUGGGCACUUUCGAAUCCACGCAGUUGUGGGGUCCUCAGUUUCUGCGGGAAGCCGCGCCUCUCGUUUCCAGAGCGCCGAACGCAGGAGACCCUGCGCCGGGUGUAGGUACACCGCGCGUAGCUCUCGGCCAGGGGCUCGCGCCUGGCAGUGCGUGGCCAGCGCGAGACGGACAGAAAGCGCAGGGAAGGGAGUCGCCGAAAAACGCGUUCCACAGCAAAGCCGGAAACGAGCUGCGACCUGAAACUCUCUCUGCGCAAUCCCUGAAUCCCCCCAACUUGCUCUGGCAACCUGCGUCUGGGUCUCCGGAGCCGCGGAUCCUCUGGCCGCAAGCCAGUGUGCAGAACUUCGGAGUUGCGGACUCCCCAGGCUCCCAGCUGGAGCCGGAGGAACGACAUCGUCUGCAUGCAGUUCAACAUCUGGUUCGACAAACGCAGGAGUUGAUUGCGGAUACGGAGCGCCGACUGAGCUCGGGCUGGCGGACCUUGGAAGGCGCAGGAGUCGGUCAGACAAGUGCACAGAUAGACCCACAAAGUGUGGGGGGAGACAACUCGCACGAAGAAGAGAGAAGCGGGAAGUCUGCGGCGUCGGGAAGUGGGCGGGUGCAGCCUCAGUGCCUCCCGACUGCGCCGGACAGCCAGACAGGCGCGUGGACUUCGCUGAACGGGCUGCAUGUUCUGGAGCCGAGUUUCUCGCAGUCUUCUCGCCAGACUUUCGGGGAGCAGGCGAGAGUAAGUCAGGGCACAGAGCUGCGCCCGGGGUGGACAGACAGCCGAAAAUGUGGAGAGCCUGCUGCACAAAGUCUGGAGGAACCACACACACAUCGCUACGAGGACCGGUUCGAAGACAAUUCGUGCCGAGCAUUCGCCGUGGACGGGGUUGAAGGCGAGAAAACACAGCGACAGACAUGGGGGCAAGAGAGCCUCGCAGCUGUUGAACCGACCGGAGACCGGUUGCAGAGUCGAAGUUACCGUGGACGCGAAGAGGGCGCCACAGCAACAGCAGAGACAACAAGGAGCGUGAGUGUCGCCUCAAGCGUCGCGUCAGAGGAAGAGGAGUCCGACGGCGACAGGAACCGACUCAGGCUUUUGCGUGCCCGUAGACUGGUGGGGGACUGCAGACGGUUUGGGAGCUCGGAGUCGCACCUCGGCUUCUUCAACUCGUCCAGCUCUCUGCACUCUGGAGGCUCGCAUUUCAGCGACAUUCGCCAGCAGUCUGCUGCCUUGCUGUCUGCCGUUGCUCUCGCCUCUCCAUCCUCUAAAAUUUCCCCUUCCCUCUCUCGUGCUCCCGCGAGCCGAAAAGGGUCGGACUCUUUCGAGGGUGUCGGCCGCGGCGUCCACGCCCAGUCCGCACCCCACGCUCCGGCGAGCUGUACGUACACGCGGUCAGCGGGGAGUGGGUCGGGUGUUGGCGGGUCGCAGUCGAGCCACAGUUCUUCGCGAGUUUGUGGCCGCGAAGCCCAGCAGUGCAGCGGCUUUCGCCCUGGAGAGAAACCAGGGUCUCGCCGCGCAGUCUGUCGCGGCCUCCAAACACAUGCGCCGGAGCCCCUGAGGCGAGCAGGGGCGCCCGUGGAGAACAUGGGAGUGUCGAUCGCAGGUCGCAGGACUCCCUCUGAGAACGCCGACUUUUUUCGAGACAGGGAGGCUGGCAACCGAAGACUGGCCGCGCGGUCCGAAAAGCUAGCGGGUGUCCAGCGAGACGGGACUGUCUCUGGAGAGUCCAACCAACGAGGCGAGACGAAGCGCGCCGGGCUCCCAAACCCCGAGAGAAGAGGGAGCCCUCGAGGGCGACUGCAUGCGACCUUGUGGAAGCGCGAAUCCUCCGACAGCAGCCGCGACGAAAGCUGGACCGCCUCAGUCCCCGCGACGCGAGGAGAGGUCCCAGACAGAGGCCGCGACGCGUCGACCUCUCAGAAUCUGUCAACCUCUCAGAGUCUUUCUGUUUCUCGGGGUCUGUCGCAGAGGAGCGUGUCGCCUGAGUCUCGGCUAGGAAGCAGCGGCGGUCGAUCGCGGCGCUUCCUCGCGCAAGAGCGAAGGCCACAGAUGCAGCGCUCUGCUUCGCGUUCUCUUUCUCGCGCAUGUCUCUCGGAAGACGGCGGCGUCGACGCCACCAUGCAGGACGGGUCUUCUCAGUCUUUCGCGGCCUCUGGAGUGACUCGGGAGCCGAGAAAGUUGAACAAGCCACUGGCGGGCUUCGCACGCAGAGGCCUGGCCUCCCGCACUGCAGCGGGCCACUCGCCGUCCGCAGUGAGUUCGAGAAGUUCGAAUGGAUCGCGGAAAGGAGACUCCGAGGAGAGAGGAGGCUUCGAGGCAGCGACGGGACGCGCCCGGCGCCCUCUUGGCGCUGUUCACUCGAGCCUUGGAGGCGCAGGAGCUGUACGUUAUUUGACUCACGAAGAGCUGCAGCCCUUUGAUGAGCCCCCGUGCAUGAAAGCCAUUGAAGAAACGGUUUUGCCGCGACUCGGGGUCGAGGUCACCAAGGGCGACUGGACCGAGCAAAUUGAAACUUUGGACACCAUCCGACGCCUCGCCAAGUUCCACUUCGCUGUCUUUACACAGGAUGUUCUGAGGCAAGUCGUAGGAGGCAUUUUGGCGUGGCUCGCGAGUCCGCGGUCGACUGUGGCGAAGAACGCCUGUCUGGCUCUCAGCGACCUUUUCCUUUUUGGAAGAAAAAAAAUGGAUCCGUGUGUCCUGGAGGUCGUUGAACUAUGCAUGAAAAAGUGCUGCCAGUCCAACGAAUUCCUCAACGAAGCCGUCCGCAGCGUGCUGUUCACCGUUUGCCAGUUCGCGUCGGAGUCGCGCGUUCUCCACGCAUUCCUUCACUGCAUCCCACCCUGCAAGCAACCAGGUGCCAAAUCGACGGCUGCAUCCUGCCUGGCUCUUCUGUUCCAGCGAACAAGCGAGCAAGCGGCACGUGGAAGCGAGCUCUCGCAGAGUGUCAAGCUUCUCUUGAACAUGGCGACUGAAGCCUCCCCCGAUGUGCGUGUGGCGGCGCGCGUGGCCCUCACAAUGUUGCACAGAACCGUGGAUGCAGCGACCCUACGCCGGGUUUGUGGGUCUCUCGAAGCGCGGAACAAGAUGGACGGAUUCGUUUCGCGGACGACAAACAGAGAAGUUGAAGACGUCAUGAAAAAUGUAGAAGCGAGUGUCCCCGCGGCAGGCGGCUGCGCCUCUUUAGCCUCCUCGCUGUCCUCUGUCCCCGACGACAGCCGGUCUCGUGGCCGUGGACACAGUGGCGGCAGCGGGGGGUACCGACCUCUGCUUCUGGGUCAUAUGAAGCCCUAGCUCACCGGAGAGGAGGGGAGCGGGGGGAAAAAGCUUCUUCGCAGGCGUGCAUAGUGCACAGAAACGUGUAGUUUUGUAGGUCGAUGUUAAAUCAAAGUUUCAGACGUGGCACGCUACAGUUUGCGGUUUUCUAAAGGCAGUUUUUCUGGGCCUUCUGGGUGCAAGCAAGAUCCACUCUUGAAUCGCUCGACACUCUCUCGGCUUUCCUUCAGCACCAGAACUUAACUAACUGUUUCACCUUCUUGUCUGGUAGUACACUGUGAACUGGCGUGCUCCUGGUGGAGGUUGGUGACUAAUCCGAGCUGAAAAGUGAACCACGAUGGGUUUGAGCAACAGGGUUUCUUUUCUUGGAUGCUUCCUACGGUGUAUCGGCACAAGCCGACACCUCGCCUGCAGCCGAAUGCACUCUUCCUGUAGCAUCAUGACAUGCAAAUCGUUAUCAGGACUACUUAUGUCCAUCUUGUGAGGAGGACCUCGAAGUCCCAGAAGCCUGGGGGUCAAGGGUUUUUAUAACCGUUUUCUGGAGAGUACAGACUGAGAGUCGGACACCUGAUUAGAUCUUGGGUACUGCUGUGUGAGCACGGUUUCGAGAACAUCACUCUAUAGAGUACAACAAAUGCGAAUCCUCAAACUAAAAAAAAAGGCAAAACAGACCACCAGGAAAGGAACUUCCUAGUAGUCUCACCCAGCAAUUCCCUUCACACACAAACAGCCGAGCACAAACGCACCCUCAGUGGUGGUUUCUUGGAGAAACCUGCACAGCCACUGUUUGCACAGAGCAUCGUUCAAUUCAGACACUUUUCUGAAAUUUCACGCACUCUUGUUCACCAGGUGUCUCCUACGCUGAGAACGGUGCCUCAAGACAAUGAUGCCGCUAACAUCCGUAGAUGGACGCAAAAACACGAGCGGCCUCGUCUUCAUCUUAGUGAUGAACAACUGAAAUAUAAAAUGGAAUAGGAAUGUGCCGCUCAAGGAACGGAUUCAUCGAAAGAUACUGCGUGGAAGCAGCGGUCCCCCCGACUUUCCUUUUAUCCGCCAGCUACGUCUUCUCUGUGUAGCAGUUUCCGCUGGUAACUGUGCAGCCUUGAGCAUGAUAAUUCCGAGAAAAACUGGCAGACCAUGGAGGCACGAAAAUUUUGAACAUCGUCGGCUUUACCCGGAAGUGUUCAUGGAUGAAUUCAUCUGGUUUAAGGGUCUGCUCACUUCAGGGGGGUUGCUCCAAAUGGCUGUAUGCGUACAGAGAUGACAUAAGUGCUAACAAACCAUCGGUUUUUGAUGGAAUUACUUUUAACGCCGAACCUUCUCGAGUCCUCAGUUUAAGUUUGUGCCGUUACAUUCAGGAGCACACCGUUAUAUUCGAUGAUCUUAAGCGUACAACGAGCGGGGCGACACACGUUGAACGUUCACAAAACGCUGAAGGCCGUAGCCCCUCGCCGUUUUCGCGGCUUUUCGGAAGACGCUGAAGUUCUUCUCUAACCCUUUCCAUUCGAAUUAACUGUAUCGAAAGCACGAUUUGCUGCGUUCCGAGGUGGCGUCGUUUACUACUGGUGGUUCACGCCAUCUUACAACUCUUGUAUGAGGGCAACCGUUGUCGCGCACUCGAGCAAACCAAAAGGUACGAAGGCGAAAGUUCUGGAGAUUGCCUCUAGGAAUUGUCAUCGAACAACAGCAGUGUGCAUUCCGAAGGACGAGGCACUCGUAUACCGGCUUUAGUGCGUGCAGCACGC